CAUUUCAUGGACAAGCUUAAAAUAAGAAGUAUAUUUGAAAGCAAAAACAAAAGUUUCAACUUUUAAAAAAUUAUUAUUUAUUGAGAGAAAAAAAAAUUGAAUUUUAGAUUUCCAUCGCAAAAAUAAAGAUGUCAUGGAAAAAAUGGAUAUUUCUUUUCAUAUGUAUACAAAAUAACCAACAUUUGUUUGCAACAACUGAAGCCACAACCACAACAACGGAAGCUACAACAACAACAAAUGAAGCUCCAACCACAACUGAAGCCACAACCACAACAACGGAAGCCACAACCACAACAACGGAAGCUACAACAACAACAACUGAAGCUCCAACCACAACUGAAGCUACAACAGCAACAACUGAAGCCACAACCACAACAACGGAAGCUAUAACAACAACAACUGAGACUCCAACUACAACUAAUGAAGUUUCAACUACUACAGCUCAAUCAACAUCUACAACUACAAUCUUAUCUACAACAAGCUAUCCUUUAACUGUUGAAGAAAAAUCAUUUUGCCCAUGUUUGCAAAGUUUUUGUAAUUAUAAUGAUGACCCGUUCUGUGUGAAUGUGAUUCAAUCAUGUGUAAACACCACAACAGAAACAACAACAGAAGCAACAUCAACAACAACAACUGAAGUUUCAACUACAGCUACAACCACAACAACUGAAGCUCCAACCACAACAACUGAAGCUCUAACCACAACAACUGAAUCUACAACAGCAUCAACUGAGGCUCCAACUACAACAACUGAAGUUUCAACUACUGCAGCUCCAAGACGUCCUAUUGUAACUGCUACAUCUUUUGAGGUCGACAUGAAAAAAUAUAUAGUAAAUUAUAGUGAUGCCGAGUAUUAUAUUAUUUUGGUGGCUUGCAAACGUAGUCAACCAUGCCCUCCUGGAAGGCAUCCAAGUACAUAUACUUGGGAUGAGAUAAGAAAUAAUACGGAUGGUUUACUCUUAGUUGGGAAGUUAAAUGCAACUAAUGUGAACUUACCAUUUACAGUUGGAGGUGGAUCAACUCGCAAACGAAGAGAUACAAUUCCUGAAGCUUCUAAUCCUCCUCUAGCAACGGGUGAAUCUUUUGCCAUAUUUGUUAAAACCAUUGCUGCAAAUAUCAGUAUAACCUCUUCAUACAGUGAUGUUGUGGUUACAGCUGAUCCAACAACAACAGCCGAAACAACAACUACUGAAGCUUCUACCACAACAACUGAAGCCAUAACCACAACAACUGAAGCUACAACAACAACAAUUGAAGCUACAACAACAACUGAAGCUGUGACAACAACAACUGAAGCUACAACAACAGCUGAAACAACAACAACUGAGCCUCCAACCACUACAACUGAAGCCACGACAACAGUUGAAACAACAACAACUGAGCCUCAAACCACUACAACUGAAGCUACAACAACAACUGAAGCCACGACCACUACAACUGAAGCUAUAACCACAACAACUGAAGCCACAACAACAGUUGAAACAACAACAACUGAACCUCCAACCACUACAACUGAAGCUAUAACCACAACAACUGAAGCUACAACAACAACUGAUGCUCCAACAACAACUACUGAAACUACAACAACAGCUGAAACAACAACAACAACUGAGCCUCCAACCACAACAGCUGAAAUAACAACAACAACUGAAGUUACAACAACAGCUGAAGCAACAACUACUGAACCUCCAACUACAACUACUGAAGCUACAACAACAACUGAAACCACAACUACAACAACUGAAGCUAUAACCACAACAACUGAAGCUAUAACAACAACUGAAGCUCCAACAACUACUACUGAAGCUACAACAACAGCUGAAACAACAACAACAACUGAAAUUACAACAACAGCUGAAGUAACAACUACUGAACCUCCAACUACAACUACUGAAGCUACAACAACAACUGAAACUCCAACCACAACAACUGAAACCACAACAACAGCUGAAACAACAACAACUCAGUCUCCAACCACUACAACUGAAGCUACAACCACAACAACUGAAGCUAUAACCACAACAACUAAAGCUACAACAACAACUGAAGCUUCAACAACAACUACUGAAGCUACAACAACAGCUGAAACAACAACAACUGAGCCUCCAACCACUACAACUGAAGCCACAACAACAGUUGAAACAACAACAACUGAGCCUCCAACCACUACAACUGAAGCUACAACCACAACAACUGAUGCUAUAACCACAACAACUGAAGCUAUAACCACAACAACUGAAGCUACAACAACAACUGAAACUUCAACAACAACUACUGAAGGUACAACAACAGCUGAAACAACAACAACAACUGAGCCUCCAACCACAACAGCUGAAACAACAACAACUGAACCUCCAACCACUACAACUGAAGCUACAACCACAACAACUGAAGCCAUAACCACAACAACUGAAGCUACAACAACAACUGAAGCUUCAACAACAACUACUGAAGCUACAACAACAGCUGAAACAACAACAACAACUGAGCCUCCAACCACAACAGCUGAAACAACAACAACUACUGAAGUUACAACAACAGCUGAAGCUACAACUACUGAACCUCCAACAACAACUAGUGAAGCUACAACAACAACUGAAACUCCAACCACAACAACUGAAGCCACAACAACAACAACUGAAGCCACAACAACAGCUGAAACAACAACAACUGAGCCUCCAACCACUACAACUGAAGCUACAACCACAACAAAUGAAGCUAUAACCACAACAACUGAAGCUACCACAACUACUGAAGCUUCAACAACAACUACCGAAGCUACAACAACAGCUGAAACAACAACAACAACUGAGCCUCCAACCACAACAGCUGAAACAACAACAACUACUGAAGUUACAACAACAGCUGAAGCAACAACUACUGAACCUCCAACUACAACUACUGAAGCUACAACAACAACUGAAAUUCCAACCACAACAACUGAAGCCACAACAACAACAACUGAAGCCACAACAACAGUUGAAACAACAACAACUGAGCCUCCAACCACUACAACUGAAGCUACAACCACAACAACUGAAGCUAUAACCACAACAACUGAAGCUAUAACCACAACAACUGAAGCUACAACAACAACUGAAGCUUCAACAACAACUACUGAAGCUACAACAACAGCUGAAACAACAACAACAACUGAGCCUCCAACCACAACAGCUGAAACAACAACAACUGAACCUCCAACCACUACAACUGAAGCUACAACCACAACAACUGAAGCCAUAACCACAACAAAUGAAGCUACAACAACAACUGAAGCUUCAACAACAACUACUGAAGCUACAACAACAGCUGAAACAACAACAACAACUGAGCCCCCAACCACAACAGCUGAAACAACAACAACUACUGAAGUUACAACAACAGCUGAAGCAACAACUACUGAACCUCCAACUACAACUACUGAAGCUACAACAACAACUGAAACUCCAACCACAACAACUGAAGCCACAACAACAACAACUGAAGCCACAACAACAGCUGAAACAACAACAACUGAGCCUCCAACCACUACAACUGAAGCCACAACAACAGUUGAAACAACAACAACUGAGCCUUCAACCACUACAACUGAAGCUACAACCACAACAACUGAAGUUAUAACCACAACAACUGAAGCUACCACAACAACUGAAGCUUCAACAACAACUACUGAAGUUACAACAACAGCUGAAACAACAACAACAACUGAGCCUCCAACCACAACAGCUGAAACAACAACAACUACUGAAGUUACAACAACAGCUGAAGCAACAACUACUGAACCUCCAACUACAACUACUGAAGCAACAACAGCAACUGAAACUCCAAUCACAACAACUGAAGGCACAACAACAACAACUGAAGCCACAACAACAGCUGAAACAACAACAACUGAGCCUCCAACCACUACAACUGAAGCCACAACAACAGUUGAAACAACAACAACUGAGCCUCCAACUACUACAACUGAAGCUACAACCACAACAACUGAAGCUAUAACCACAACAACUGAAGCUAUAACCACAACAACUGAAGCUACAACAACAACUGAAGCUUCAACAACAACUACUGAAGCUACAACAACAGCUGAAACAACAACAACAACUGAGCCUCCAACAACAUCAGCUGAAACAACAACAACAGCUGAAACAACAACAACUACUGAAGUUACAACAACAGCUGAAGCAACAACUACUGAACCUCCAACUACAACUACUGAAGCUACAACAACAACUGAAAAUCCAACCACAACAACUGAAGCCACAACAACAACAACUGAAGCCACAACAACAGCUGAAACAACAACAACUGAGCCUCCAACCACUACAACUGAAGCUACAACCACAACAACUGAAGCUAUAACCACAACUACUGAAGCUUCAACAACAACAACUGAAGUUUCAACUACAACAGCUCCAAAACGUCCUAUUAUUAUAACUGCUACAUCGUUUGUAAUCGACAUUUCUAUAUAUAAAGUAAAUUAUAGUGAUGCCGAGUAUUAUAUUAUUUUGGUGGCUUGCCAACUUGGUCAACCAUGCCCUCCUAGAAGGCAUCCAAGCUCAUAUACUUGGGAUGAGAUUAGAAAUAAUACGGAUGGUUUAUACUUAGUUGGGAAGUUGAAUGCAACUGAUGUGAACUUACCAUUUACAGUUGGAGGUGGAUCAACUCGCAAACGAAGAGAUACAAUUCCUGAACCUUCUAAUUCUCCUCUAAAAACGGGUGAAUCUUUUGUCACAUUUGUUAUAAUCAUUGCUGCGAAUAACACUAUAACCUCUCCAUACAGUGAAGUUGUGGUUACAGCUGAUCCGACAACAACAACCGAGUUAACAACAACAACUGAAGCUACAACCACAACAGCUGAAGCUACAACAACGGCUGAAACAACAACAACAACUGAGCCUCCAACCACAACAAAUGAAGCUACAACAACAACAACUGAAGCCACAACCACAACAACUGAAUCUUCAACCACAACAACUGAAUCUUCAACCACAACAACUGAAGCUGCAACAACAACAACUGAAGCUCCGACCACAACAACUGAAUUUACAACCACAACAACUGAAUCUCCAACCACAACAUCUGAAGCUCCAACCACAACAACUGAGUUUACAACCACAACAACUGAAGCUACCACUACAACAACUGAAGCCACAACCACAACCACUGAAGCUAUAACAACAACAACUGAAGCCACAACCACAACAACUGAAUCUCCAACAACAACAACUGAAGCUCCAACCACAACAACUGAGGUUACAACCACAACUACUGAAGCUACAACAACAACUGAAGCCACAACCACAUCAACUGAAUCUCAAACCACAACAACUGAAUCUCAAACCACAACAACUGAAGCUAUAACAACAACUGAAGCUACAACUACAACAACUGAAGCUCCAACCACAACAACUGAAGUUACAACAACAACAACUAAAGCUCCAACCACAACAACUGAAGCUACAACAACAGCUGAAACAACAACAACAACUGAAGCUCCUACCACAACAACUGAAGCUACCACUACAACAACUGAAGCCACAACCACAUCAACUGAAUCUCCAACCACAACAACUGAAGCUCCAACCACAACAACUGAGGUUACAACCACAACAACUGAAGCUACAACAACAACUGAAGCCACAACCACAACAACUGAAUCUCCAACCACAACAACUGAAGCUCCAACCACAACAACUGAGGUUACAACCACAACAACUGAAGCUACAACAACAAUUGAAGCCACAACCACAUCAACUGAAUCUCCAACCACAACAACUGAAGCUCCAACCACAACAACUGAGGUUACAACCACAACAACUGAAGCUACCACUACAACAACUGAAGCCACAACCACAACCACUGAAGCUAUAACAACAACAACUGAAGCCACAACCACAACAACUGAAUCUCCAACAACAACAACUGAAGCUCCAACCACAACAACUGAGCUUACAACCACAACAACUGAAGCUACCACUACAACAACUGAAGCCACAACCACAACAACUGAAGCUAUAACAACAACAACUGAAGCUCCAACCACAACCACUGAAGCUAUAACAACAACAACUGAAGCUCCAACCACAACAACUGAAGUUACAACAACAACAACUGAAGCUCCAACCACAACAACUGAAGCUACAACAACAGCUGAAACAACAACAACAACUGAAGCUCCUACCACAACAACUGAAGCUACCACUACAACAACUGAAGCCACAACCACAUCAACUGAAUCUCCAACCACAACAACUGAAGCUCCAACCACAACAACUGAGGUUACAACCACAACAACUGAAGCUACCACUACAACAACUGAAGCCACAACCGCAUCAACUGAAUCUCCAACCACAACAACUGAAGCUCCAACCACAACAACUGAGGUUACAACCACAACAACUGAAGCUACCACUACAACAACUGAAGCCACAACCACAACCACUGAAGCUAUAACAACAACAACUGAAGCUCCAACCACAACAACUGAAGCUACUACAACAACAACUGAAGCUCCAACCACAACAACUGAAGUUACAAUAACAACAACUGAAGCUCCAACCACAACAACUGAAGCUACAACAACAGCUGAAACAACAACAACAACUGAAGCUCCUACCACAACAACUGAAGCUACCACUACAACAACUGAAGCCACAACCACAUCAACUGAAUCUCCAACCACAACAACUGAAGCUCCAACCACAACAACUGAGGUUACAACCACAACUACUGAAUCUACAACAACAACUGAAGCCACAACCACAACCACUGAAGAUAUAACAACAACAACUGAAGCCACAACCACAACAACUGAAUCUCCAACAACAACAACUGAAGCUCCAACCACAACAACUGAGGUUACAACCACAACAACUGAAGCUACCACUACAACAACUGAAGCCACAACCACAACAACUGAAGCUAUAACAACAACAACUGAAGCUCCAACCACAACAACUGAAGCUACUACAACAACAACUGAAGCUCCAACCACAACAACUGAAGUUACAACAACAACAACUGAAGCUCCAACCACAACAACUGAAGCUACCACUACAACAACUGAAGCCACAACCACAUCAACUGAAUCUCCAACCACAACAACUGAAGCUCCAACCACAACAACUGAAGUUACAACUACAACUACUGAAGCUACAACAACAACUGAAGCCACAACCACAUCAACUGAAUCUCCAACCACAACAACUGAAGCUCCAACCACAACAACUGAGGUUACAACCACAACAACUGAAGCUACCACUACAACAACUGAAGCUACAACCACAACCACUGAAGCUAUAACAACAACAACUGAAGCUCCAACCACAACAACUGAAGCUACUACAACAACAACUGAAGCUCCAACCACAACAACUGAAGUUACAAUAACAACAACUGAAGCUCCAACCACAACAACUGAAGCUACAACAACAGCUGAAACAACAACAACAACUGAAGCUCCUACCACAACAACUGAAGCUACCACUACAACAACUGAAGCCACAACCACAUCAACUGAAUCUCCAACCACAACAACUGAAGCUCCAACCACAACAACUGAUGUUACAACCACAACUACUGAAUCUACAACAACAACUGAAGCCACAACCACAACCACUGAAGCUAUAACAACAACAGUUGAAGCCACAACCACAACAACUGAAUCUCCAACAACAACAACUGAAGCUCCAACCACAACAACUGAGGUUACAACCACAACAACUGAAGCUACCACUACAACAACUGAAGCCACAACCACAACAACUGAAGCUAUAACAACAACAACUGAAGCUCCAACCACAACAACUGAAGCUACUACAACAACAUAUUACAUUAUUUUGGUUGCUUGCACUUCUGGUAAAGCAUGUCCUCCUCAAAGGGACCCAGCCUCAUACUCUUGGAUUGAAAUUAGCAAUAAUACUGAUGGUUUACAUUUAGUAGGGAUAUUAUACCCAGAUAAUGUGAAUACACCAUUUACAGUUGGAGGUGGAUCAAUACGCAAACGAAGAGAUACAAUUCCUGAACCUUCCAAUAAUCCUCUACAGACGGGUGCUUCUUUCUCCACAUUUGUUAGAAUCGUUGCUGCAAAUAUCACUAUUACCACUUCAUACAGUCAAGUUGUGGUUACAAGUGAUCUAACAACAACAGCCGAAACAACAACAACAACUGAAGCUACAACCUCAACAACAGAAGCUAUAACCACAACAACUGAAGCUACAACAACAACUGAAGCUACAACCACAACCACUGAAGCUACAACCACAACAACUGAAGCUGCAACAACAACAACUGAAGCUCCUACAACAACAACUGAAGCUCCUACAACAAUAACUGAAGCUCCUUCAACAACAACUGAAGCUGCAACAACAACAACUGAAGCUACAACCACAACAACUGAAGCUGCAACAACAACAACUGAAGCUGCAACAACAACAACUGAAGCUACAACAACAACAACUAAAGCUCCUACAACAACUACUGAAGUUCCAACAAUAACAACUUCUGCCCCAACAGCAACAUCAACUGCUGCUUCAACAUCAACAACUUCUACUACUGCUGCUCCAACCACAGCAACAACUGCUGCUUUGACAACAACAACUUCUGCCCCAACUACAACAACUGAAUCUCCAACAACAACAACAACUGCUGCUCCAACAACUACAUCAACUGCUGCUUUUACUACAACAACAACUACUACUGCUGCUCCAACAACAACAACAACUGCUGCUCCAACAACUACAUCAACUGCUGCUUCAACAACAACAACAACAACUACUGCUGCUCCAACAACAACAACAACAACUGCUGCUCCAACAACUACAUCAACUGCUGCUUCUACAACAACAACAACUACUACUGCUGCUCCAACAACAACAACAACUGCUGCUCCAACAACUACAUCAACUGCUGCUUCAACAACAACAGCAACUACUACUGCUGCUCCAACAACAACAACAACAACUGCUGCUGCUCCAACAACUACAUCAACAACAACAACAUUAACAACUACUUUUACACCUUUUAACAAUUUAACAGAAUGUCAAACCAAUUGUAAAACUAAUGGAAAAUGCAUCUUGAAGGAUUCAGUUUAUAUAUGCAGUUGUAAUAAUGGCUUUGAACUAGAUACCAUUUUAAAAACUUGUGUUGACAUAAAUGAAUGCUCCACUAUUUGUAAAAGUAAUUCUCAGUGCAUUAAUUUAGUUGGAAGUUAUAUCUGCCUCUGUAAUACUGGCUUUAUUUUAGACAACACCAAAACAAAUUGUGUUGAUAUUAAUGAAUGUAGUUCUGAUUGUCAAUGGCCCAAUAGUAAUUGCACUAACACAGAUGGAAGUUAUAUCUGUUCAUGCAAUUCUGGUUAUAGAUUAGGCAGAUUUAGUAAUAGCUGUGAUGACAUAAAUGAAUGUAUAACCACUUGUAGAUGGUCAAAUAGUAUUUGCAUGAACCUUCCAGGAAGUUACAGUUGCUCCUGUAGAACUGGUUAUCAACUAAGCAAUGAUAAUACAAGUUGCCAAAAUAUAAAUGAAUGUGAAACUACUUGUAAUUGGGAUAAUAGUAUGUGCAGAGAUACAAUAGGAAGUUAUACUUGCUCUUGCAGACCUGGUUUUGAAUUCAACUCAAACAAAACCCAAUGCGUAGAUAUUAAUGAAUGUGAUUCCCAAUGCAAAUGGACUCAGAGUAAUUGCACUAACACAAUUGGAAGUUUUAUCUGCUCGUGUAACAGAGGUUAUAUAUUAACCGCCAAUAGAAGAAGUUGUAGGGACGAUAAUGAAUGCUUAACUACUUGCAAUCAGCGAAAUAGCCUUUGCUUAAACUAUGACGGAGGUUACAGUUGCUCCUGUAAUAGUGGUUAUCAACUAAGCAAAGAUGGUACAAGUUGCGAUGAUAUAAAUGAAUGUGAAACUACUUGUAAUUGGGAUAAUAGUAUCUGCAGAGAUACAAUAGGAAGUUAUAUAUGCUCUUGCAAACCUGGUUUUGAAUUCAACUCAGACAAAACCCAAUGCGUAGAUAUAAAUGAGUGUAUUGACUCAAAAUACAGCAGUCGAAAAUGUAACUGGGCAUAUGGUAAUUGUACUAACACUGUUGGAAGCUAUGUAUGUUCUUGUACCGGAAGUUGGGUAUUAAGUAAAAAAAAUGACAGCUGUGAGGGUCCCAAACCUACUGGAGUCACAUCAACACAAUUUGUCCUUGUUUUUGAUUUUGGGCCCAGCAUAAUUAUAGUAUCUAUUGAGGUUAUUGUCCGAAGACGGACAGGUAAAAAUCAACCAAAAAAAAAGCCUUAUGAAUACACAAAGGAAGAAAUAGAUGCCAAUGUAGAUGGCUGGUUUCGUUUUACAAAAAUUCAAGUAACAACUGUUCAAAUAACAUCAGUUGUAGUUUCCAAUUUUGGAAGUAGGACAAGUAGUCCUAUUUCAAAUUCUAAACGCAAAAGGAGGAGUGUUCCUGAUACAAAUUCAAAUGAAACCCUUAGUGCAGACGAAAGCUACGAAUCAUUUGUGCUAGGCAGUACCGAUAAUGGCACUGUUCUUAGUUCGCCUUACUAUCCCCCUGUAAUAACAGCAGAUCCUGGUUCUUUAUGUGCUGCUAUCAAUUGUUUUUCAUUUCAAAACCAAGUGUGUCAAAAGGUUAACUCAACCUAUGUCAAAUGUGUAUGUAAAAAUGGAUACAUUUCUUUUGACAACUGGCAAACUUGUGAAGAUAUUGAUGAGUGUGCAACCCAAAAUAAUAAUUGCAAUUGGGAAAAUAGCAAAUGUGUCAACACAGACGGCGGUUAUACUUGCACAUGCAAUGAUGGAUGGGAACUAGGAAAAGAUAGUAAAAGUUGUGUUGAUGUGAAUGAAUGUAAUAAAACUCAAUGCCCAAAUGAGUUUUGUAUCAACACCAUUGGAUCAUAUCAGUGUUUGUGUCCAUCAGGCUCUUUUUAUGAUACAACUUUAAAUUCAUGUCAAGAUAUUAAUGAAUGUGCAGCACUGACACAUAAAUGUGAUGCUCUCAGAGGAAUUUGUCGAAAUGAAAAUGUUCUUCAAACUAAUCGAACUUACAAUUGCUCUUGUCUUGAAGGAUGGAAGCUGUCAUCUGGUAAUAUGUGUAUUGACAUUGAUGAAUGCAAUAAUACUUGCAAAGGAGUAAAUUCAAUUUGUUAUAACAUUGAAGGCUCUUAUAAUUGCACUUGUAAGGAUGGAUUUCAAUUUAAUGCAAGCUCUCAUCAAUGUGAAAUGGUACAAUGGUGUGUUGAUGAUUGUCCACAACAUUCUAACUGCUCGAUGACAAGUCCUGGUCAGUUUAAAUGUGUGUGCAAACAAGGUUAUAUAAUGAACAAUCUUAUGCUUUGUGAAGAAGUUGAUGAGUGUAGAACAUUGUCAACAAAUCAGUGCACCAAACCUCAUGAAAUGUGUUCGAAGAUUACUAAUGGUCCAGGAAUUGAAUGUAUUUGUCGUCAAGGAUAUGAGAAAAUUGCAGGCAUUUGUAAAGAAAUACCUUUGGUUACUUGCAAUACAGCUGCUCAAUUAAAUGUUUCAUUAUGUCCACCUGAUCAAAAAUGUCUUGAUAAAGAUUUGGGAUUUGAUUGUUUAUGUCCUGAUGGUUAUGUUAAAAAUAGCUCAAAUCUGUGUGAAGAUGUUGAUGAAUGCAAAGUUGGAAAUGUCUGCUCUCCAAACUCCAAAUGCAUAAAUACAUAUGGAGGAUACAAGUGUGAGUGCAAUGACAAUUACUAUGGAAACAAUGCAACCAAUCCUUCUUUAAUUCGUUGUUAUCAAAACAGCCUCUGGACCUCCUGGGAACAGGUAGGAAAAUGCUCUCAACUAUGCAAAAGUGAUGGAAAUGAUGGAAAGAUCACCUUUACCCGAAAAUGUCAAAGGUCUGGACCAGAGAAUUGUGUUGGAAUAAGUACAAAAGAAGAACUUUGCAACACUGAAUUUUGUGACAACAAGAUAAAGAUGAUUAAGACUUCAGAGUGUGAAAAGUGGGAAAAUAUGAAUGAUGAUUAUAUGCUUCAAGAUAAUAAUGAUACAUGGCUUCGCACGCUUCGAACUUGGAUUGGUUGGAAUACAAAAGAUUCGAUGUGCAAAUAUAUUCUGGAUGCUGCAUCUACUUUAAACCAAAAUUUACAGAACAUCGAACUUGAAAUAAUUCGUUUGAACCAGAUUAAAAUAGGUCUUAAAAAAAUUAUUCAUUGCAAUUCUUAUAUUCAAAAGAAGUCGAUCUUGUUUUAUAAAUAUUCUUCCGUACAAUCGAAGUUGGUAAUAAACCUUGGUAUAAAAGCAGCCUACAAGAAAUUACAAGCAAGAAUCUCUCUCAAACAAAAUGAGUGCUUACUUGAUUCUGGAAAAUUUGGAGAUUACUCUUAUUACGUUCCAAGCAAGUUCCUCGUAAACUAAAUGUUUUGAAAUUUUAAAUAAGUUUUGUACAUUAUAAAUCAAUAUUUUCAAUACUGGCUGGUUCCAUAUUACCGUUCGACUGUUCAAAAUGAUUUGUAUUUAUUUUUUGUAUUAUAGCAUUCAGUUUUUCGUUCAGUUUGCUUUUUAAAUAAUAACGAUGCAUAUUUUUUUUUAAAUAAUAACGGUACAAGAUAUUGUUACUAAUGUUAGUUAAAAGUUUGAUAUUAGAUACGAUAAAAUAAUUUUAAUUAGGAUAAAAUAAGACGAAACAUUUUCGAUCUUUUUUUAAAGUGUUGAGUUUAACCUGCUUAUAUGAUUUUAUUUUAAUUUUUUUUUUUUUUUUUGUUACUUAAAUUUGAUAUUGGCUAUUUUAUUUUUACUAUUAGAUUAUUUUUUUUACUGUAGCUUUUACAUAUAACUUUUUUUUGGUUUAUUUUUAUUUGUAACUUUUUUUAUUUAACGAUUCGCAUGAAUUUCCUUUGUUUUUAUUAUAAAAAUAUUUUUAAGCAAUCAAACACGACUAAAACUGUAAAAGUUCAUAAACUUGGGAUUUGUUACACGCUUUA